AUGCUGCAGUUCUCGUCAAUCCGCCGGAUCGAGAAGGUAACCAACUUCCGCGAGGCACCCGCAUUUUCGGGCCCGUCGCGCGGGAACUCAGAGAAAAGGGUUUCACCCGAAUUAUCUCGCUCGCACCCGAGGUUAUUUAGGAGGACAAUUGUGGCACAACAAAAACUGCAUAUUAAGAAGGAUGACAAGGUCAUAGUCCUUAGCGGACAGGACCGGGGCAAGCAAGGUGUGGUUUUGGAGGUGUUCCCUAAGAAACAACGCGCAAUCGUUGAAGGCGUUCAUAUCGUUAAACGCCACCUCCGACCAAGCCAAAUGGGACAAGGCGGUGUUGUCGAACGCGAAGGCACUAUUCACAUUUCUAACCUCAAAAAGAUUCCGAAACUGGACAAGAUUGCACUCAAUAUCGGGGUCGGCGAAGCACUUCAGAACUCGAAAGCAUUGGAAGAUGCUGUCGAAGAACUUACGCUUAUUGCCGGACAACGCGCUAUCAUUACGCACGCCAAAAAAUCCGUUUCUGCUUUUAAAGUCAGAGAAGGUAUGGCAAUCGGAUGUAAAGUUACCCUAAGACAGCAGCGGAUGUAUGAGUUCUUCAACCGAUUGGUGAACAUCGUUAUGCCCCAAAUUCGGGACUUUCGCGGUGUAUCGCCAGAUGCAUUUGAUGGUCGUGGUAAUUACUCUCUCGGCCUCACUGAACAGUUAAUCUUCCCGGAAAUUCAUUACGAUAAUGUUAACGAUACCCGCGGGCUGAACGUAACCGUUGUUACCACCGCCCCGACAGACGAAGAAGGCCACGAAUUACUAACACUGCUGGGAAUGCCGUUCCGAAAAUAG